GAGGCGGAGCCCGCGACUGUCACCCGGCCCGGCCUUCUGGGCGCCGGAGGUCCGCCUCCGUCCCAGCAGCAGCAGCAGCCGCCCCGCCCGGCCGCCCGCCUCCACGCUGCACGGCGGCGGCAGAACGUGUGAACGCGGCCCACGCCCGGGGGACGCGUGUGGCAGCCCGCGGCGGGGAGCCUCCCGCGCCCGUAGCGCUUUCCGGGCUCAGGGAACAGCCCUGCGGGCGCGGCGGCGACUCCGGGGCCGCGUCCACACGUGACGGCCCCCGGCACGGGUGCAAGGCGGGCCAGCGCCCGCGGCAGGCCGCAGCGCCCCCUCUGCCCCGGAGCGACAGCCCCUGCCUGCAGGUCCACAGCGGAGGGAGGAGGAGGGGGCGACGGGGGCGCGGGUGGGGACGAGCCCCACUUUCUCCCUGCUUCGGAGAAGCCAGCCGCCGGGGCUGCGCGGAACCGUAGCUCGAGGCUCCAGUUUCCAGGCCGAGCCCUUCGGGGCGACGCACCGCCCACCCAUAGAGUUCGGAGGCCUCGGGGGACAGAGCGGCAGCGGACUUCCGGCUGCUGGGCAUACUGCAUGCUGGGAGAGCGGGGCGCGGGCGGGGACUGGAAAUAGCGGCACGCCGGACGGACGCAGCAGCAGCAACAACGCGGACGUUUGAACCCACAGAGCUUCAGCCAUGUCCAUUGGGGUGCCCAUUAAGGUGCUGCAUGAAGCAGAGGGCCACAUCGUGACCUGCGAGACCAAUACAGGAGAAGUUUAUCGAGGGAAACUCAUUGAGGCCGAGGACAACAUGAACUGCCAGAUGUCCAACAUCACUGUGACCUACAGAGAUGGGCGUGUGGCGCAGUUAGAGCAGGUGUACAUCCGGGGCAGCAAAAUACGGUUCCUCAUUCUGCCGGACAUGCUGAAAAAUGCCCCAAUGUUGAAAAGCAUGAAGAACAAGAACCAAGGCUCUGGGGCUGGAAGGGGGAAAGCAGCUAUUCUCAAAGCCCAGGUGGCCGCAAGAGGAAGAGGUCGUGGUAUGGGACGUGGCAACAUCUUCCAGAAGCGACGAUAACUCUAUACUUUUGCUUGACGAAUUGAAAUGUAUUCUGGGCAUCCCAAUUGAAAUGUGUUCUGGGCUGUGUGCUUCAAUAAACUUAUUUCUUACAAAA